AUGCUGAACACUGGCAUAAAGUUGAAGGCAAAAGCGACAUGGAUGACCCAUCCGGCGACAACAAUCUCCACAACGACCCCGAGCGCAUCGAGAGAAGUGACAAGGCCACACACGAGAUGGACACUUUACGAUAUUCUGUCAUGGCCAAACGCCGAAUUGUUAAACGCGAUCCGCGACGUUGUCAGCAAAUUCAAGGCAUCUUUGGAUGAAUCGGGAUUGGAUCAAGAUGUGCGACAAAUGGGAAGACAAUUACAGAACACAUGGCAACAAUUGCGAGCAGGAUUGGAUCGCAGCUGGAAUGCGUUGAGACUUAGCGCCGAGCAAUCGUUGCAUUCACCGGCGUUACCGUAUGGUCAAGGUCCAACAUCGGUAAACGAGCAAUUAACGCAAAUGUUCGCUCGAUCUCAAUCUCAAGAUGCUCCAAGGAAA